GACAUCAAACAGCGCCGAGUGUCCUGCGGAGGAAGGGUUUGAGAGCUCUUUCAAACCCGGCAGCUGAACGGCCUCGGCUGCAUGAUUCUGUUCUCUUUCAGAAGAGGCCAUAUUUCAUUAUGUCGGGAAGCUACUAUUUUGUAAUUGUAGGUCACCAUGAUAAUCCUGUAUUUGAAAUGGAAUUUCUACCAGCUGGUAAAGUAGAAUCUAAGGAUGACCAUCGCCACUUGAAUCAGUUCAUAGCUCACGCUGCACUUGACCUAGUAGAUGAAAACAUGUGGUUAACAAAUAAUAUGUACUUGAAGACUGUGGAUAAAUUUAAUGAAUGGUUUGUUUCUGCCUUCGUCACUGCAGGUCAUAUGAGAUUUAUAAUGCUUCAUGAUGUAAGACAAGAAGAUGGAAUCAAAAACUUCUUUAGUGAUGUCUAUGAUCUGUAUAUAAAGUUCGCAAUGAAUCCUUUUUAUGAAACUAAUUCUCCAAUUCGAUCCACCGCUUUUGAUAGAAAGGUUCAGUUUCUUGGGAAGAAGCAUCUUUUAAGUUGAAUUAUUCCAUCUGAAACAUGACGUGAAAAACCUAUUGAGUGAAGCAACAAAGAACAAAGUGUUUUAAGUUUUGCAAAGCAAGAAAACUUCAGAAGUCCAGCAAUUUCUCUAUCAAACCUGACAACUUUAAAUGUGUGUCUAUACAUGUAUAUAUAUGUAAAUGCCAAAAUAAAUGCUAAUAUGUGUCUUGGAA